GACUGGUUUAGUAGUGCAGUCAGCACAAGCAGGGCCCCACAGUCAAAGCACUACUGGGUGUGGGUGGCUCAAGAGGCUAUCACAGCGUAGGGGCAUGUAUCGAGAGGAGGGAGGGAGAGAGAGAAAAAGUUAUGCUGCUGUAGACAUGGACCUACGCUCAGAGCUCCUCAAGUCUAUUUGGUAUGGUUUCACUGCUCUGGAUCUUGAGAAGAGUGGGAAAGUGUCCAAGUCUCAACUCAAGGUUCUGUCCCAUAACCUGUGUACGGUUCUGUCCAUCCCCCACGACCCAGUGGCUCUGGAAGAACACUUCAGGGAUGAUGAUGAUGGACCGGUCUCCAGCCAGGGGUACAUGCCUUACCUCAACAAAUACAUACUGGACAAGGUAGAAGAGGGCUGUUUUGUCAAGGAACAAGUAGAUGAGCUUUGCUGGACUCUCACUGCUAAGAAGAACUACAAGCCGGGGAAGGACAAUAAGAACGUGUUGCCGGGGAAGGAUGCCUUUAGUCUCUGGUGCCUGUUUAACUUUCUGUCAGAGGACAAAUACCCUCUGAUUAUGGUCCCAGAUGAGGUGGAAUACCUGCUCAAGAAGAUGUGUAUGGCCAUGAGUGUUGAGCUCAACUGUGUGGAGCUGGAGGACUUCAUCUCCAAGGAUACAGUGCAGCAGAAUGGUUUCACUGUCUGGUCCUUCCUGGACAUGAUGAACUCUGGGAAGGUAACUAGAGGCAUGGACCAGGAAAUCACCAGCAUGGCCAUAGAGGAGGUGUACAGGGAGAUAGUCGGUGAUGUCCUCAAAGAGGGGUAUCUUUGGAAGAAGGGUCAGCUGAGGAGGAAUUGGAAGGAGCGCUGGUUCACCCUGAGGCCUGGUACCCUGGCCUACUACACCAGCGAGGACCGCAAGGAUCGCCAGGGAAACAUCCCUCUGGACGGGGACUGCUGUGUGGAGGUUCUGCCAGACAGAGAUGGGAAGAGGUGUAUGUUUUGUCUGAAAACUCUCUCCAAGACCUAUGAGAUGAGUGCCUCAGACACCAAGCAGAGACAAGAAUGGACAGCAGCCAUUCAGACAGCCAUCCGUCUACACACUGAAGGGAAGACCUCUCUCCACAAGGACCUGAAGCUGAAGAGGAGGGAGCAGAGGGAGCAACGGGAGAGGGGGCGGCUGGCCAAAGAGGAGGAGUUGCAACGUUUUCGGGCCCUCCAGGAGGAGAAGGAGCGUAAGCUGGCCGAGCUGGAGCUCCUGAAGGAGGCACAGAGGCAGGCCCAGGUUCUCCUGGAACAGGACGAGAUGAGGAGGCGUCAGCAGCAUGAUGAGAUGCAGCGGGCCCUGGAGGUGCAGCUCCGUGAGGCAGAGGAGUCGCGGGCCAGCAUGCAAGCAGAGAUGAUUCUGAAGGAGGAGGAGGCGGAGCGGCAGAGGAAGAGGAUCAAGGAGCUGGAGGGGUUGCAGAUGAGUCUGGAGGAGGCCUUGCACCAGGAGAUCAAGGCCAGACAGGACGAAGAGGUCUUUAGAUACGCACAGACUGGUUUGCUGUCUGAGGAGGAAGAGAAGAUGAAGGCCCUGAUGGCCCUCCAGGACGAGCAGGAGGAGUACAUCCGGAAGACCCAGAGAGAGAAGCAGGAGCUGAGGCAAGAGAUGGAGAAUAAGACCCGGGCUCUGGAGGAGGCUCAGCGGCAGCUGGAGGAGGUCAGGGCCAACCGACACCGGGUCGACCAGGACGUUGUGGCUGCCCAAAGGAAGCUUCGUCAAGCCAGCACCAACGUCAAACACUGGAAUGUUCAGAUGAACCGGCUGAUGAGUCCAGUUGGACCAGGAGAGAAGAGAUCUUCUGGAGGCUCGUUCUCCCGUUUCCAGAUCCCGUCUCAGAGAGACCCCGGCCUGCGUCUGAGACAGCGGUCAGAGGAGCAGGAUGACGAGAGCAAGGAGAACGUGGACAGCAGUGGUGCAGGGUUAGGCUGUGAAGGAGAGAGACGUCUCUCACAGACCUCUAACGGAGGCAUGGACAUCCCCUGAGAGGAUAUGGUUCUUCUCUUCUCUUCUAGAAGGGAAAACUGUGUUACCAACUGUGUUUCGUUUGUGGUUUUUGUAAUGGAAAAGGUGGAGAGACUGAGCGAGUAUGAAUUCAUCUUUUAGGUGGUGUCAAUGUGAACGUUCUGUCUAGUUGACGGAAAAGCAUGGAUGGGAUAAAGGAAUCGUCAAGAUACAUGAUGUUAAUCUUUUGAAUAUUCUUCUCCCACCAAGUUGGUAGUAAACAAUUAGAUGCAUCAUUGGUAGUAAAUGUAUUAUGUCAAUAGUAUUCCAUCACAGCAUCUCACGGUAUGUUGAUAACAAGUCUCCAUGUUUUAAUGAAGAACAGAAUAACCACAAGUGUUUGUUUUGUUGUUGAGCAUUUCUUCUGAAAGAUCACAAGAUUAAGAUUUCUUUCAUCUCACAAAAUGAAUUCUGUAAAUAUAUUUACUAAAUGAGUCUAGUUUGUUCUCUUCUCUCCCUCUUUGUAAUGACAGACAGACAGACAAACAGACAGACAGACGUAUUAAUAAAAUAAGGAGAGUACUCUGUACCAAAUGGUUACAAUAUGAAAACAGAGAAGAGUGGAAAUGAAUGCAAACAGCUCUGUGGUCUCUUUAUUUCCUGUUUCCGGAGUCAGUUUAAACUUUACACACAUGUAGAAAUGUAAGCUCGGGGGCCAGGUGCGUGCCCUGUGUGUGUAAACUAUGUAGACGUUGCAUUUUCCCAAUCCUUAUAUCUUCUCAGUGUUUGUGUGACGAAACGAAGAACUAAUUCAAGGUAUUAUCCUGCUUUAUGUUUGGGAUGUGGAUACAUAUUGGAUGUGACAAUAUGUAUAAACAAAGUGUUAAGAGAGACACCUUCUGACCAAAAGGACCAUUACAGGAGAGACACCUUCUGACCAAAAGGACCAUUACAGGAGAGACACCUUCUGACCAAAAGGACCAUUACAGGAGAGACACCUUCUGACCAAAAAGGACCAUUACAGGAGAGACACCUUCUGACCAAAAAGGACCAUUACAGGAGAGACACCUUCUGACCAAAAAGGACCAUUACAGGAGAGACACCUUCUGACCAAAAAGGACCAUUACAGGAGAGACACCUUCUGACCAAAAGGACCAUUACAGGAGAGACACCUUCUGACCAAAAAGGACCAUUACAGGAGAGACACCUUCUGACCAAAAGGACCAUUACAGGAGAGACACCUUCUGACCAAAAAGGACCAUUACAGGAGAGAUUUAUUGCAAAUACCAAGAUCCAUUAAUGUUGUGGGAAUGACAUGAUUGACACCCUUGAUAAAGAUGAGCAAUAAUGACUGUAUAAAAUCAAUUAUUCAAAUACUGAGCUAUAUUAUAUGCUCAAUUUCCUUUGGAAAUGAUUUUAUACUAAUACAAUUGCUCAGAGAAAGAAA